AUGGGCGGUAUUUUGUUUGAAAAAAUAUUUUAUCAAAAUCAUAUCCCCUGUUCUCCGAUUGUUAAGGCAUGUCUAGCUUCUAGAUUUGCGCUUAAAUCUCUGAUUGACCCCCAAAAUGCCCAAGACGUGGCAGUACUGGAUGAUUUACUCUCUAAAUUUACCCUACCCAUUAUGAAAAGGCGAAUGGAAAAUGACCCUGAAGGGAUACGAAUACUUAAAACUAAACCUUUGCUCAAUUCUGAUCAAGUGAAUUUUGAAAAACUAAGGAAGUUACCGGCCAAUACACUUGGUUUUGCCUAUUUUGAAUUCAUGGACAAAUACAAACUUCACAUGGAUUCCAGAGAGCCGACUCAUUUCUUAGAUGAUCCGACACUAGCAUAUAUAUUGAUGAGAAAUCGACAGUUACAUGACAUAACUCACGUGGCCUACGGACUUAACAUAAAUUUGGAAGCCGAAACUGCAAUUAAAGUUAUCGAAUUUUUGCAGACAGGGUUACCGAUGCCCCUUUUAGCUAUCGUUGGAGGUUUAAUGAGAUUACCCCUAGUAAGAAUUGUAGUCGGUAAAAAUUCAAAUGUGUGCAACCAUGAAAACUGGAAAUAUAUAACAAGUCCCAUUGAACGCAAAACAGCUGUAAAUAUUGGCAACCUGAAUAUAAAUUUUGAUGGCAAUGAUACUUUUAUGGCACAAAAUGGCAUUGGAAAUGACGAUGAAAAACUUGUGCAAUAUCCACUAAAAUUUUCAAUAAAAACACUUCUACCCUGGGCAGUGCGAGCUGGAUUCAAACAAAAGAAACCCAUGUACAUGGUUCACGUGGAGGAUUGGUUUGAUAAGCCUUUGGCCGAUUUUAAAAAAUAUUUGGGCAUACAGAGCCUGGAAUCCAAUAUGUAUCGUUAUGUCUCACUUAAAAAUGAUGUUUUGUGA